AUGCCCAAACUUAGAGAUGCAAUUGUUUUUGCUUAUGGGUGUAACGUAAUAAACGACGUAGAAUAUGCUCUUCUGUAUGAUGCCAGCAAGCCAAAAAAUCCUGAUAUUCCAUAUUUUGCCUACGAUGAUUUUAAUCUGGAUAAUAUGACAGACGAUGAAUGUAAGACCGAAUUUCGAUUCUAUAGAAAUGAUAUAUACAAUUUGAUUGAUGUGCUUCGUGUACCAGCUGAGUUCACCUGUUACAAUGGUCUUAAAGUUGAUGCGGUUGAGGCAAUGUGUAUAUUUUUAAAGCGUUUCGCCUAUCCAUGCAGGUACGCUGAGUUAAUUCCUCGAUUUUCUAAACCAGAGCCUCAGUUGUGCAUGAUUGCAAAUCAAACAAUGAAUAUUAUAUACGAUACCUGGCAUCACUUGUUCACAACGUUUGAACAGCCAUGGUUAGACCAUCCAAAAUUGGAAAGUUUUGCGGAGGCCAUUCAUUUGAAAGGUGCAGCUUUACGCAACUGUUGGGGCUUUAUAGAUGGUACUGUCAGACCCAUAUCUAGGCCUGGUAGGCACCAGAGAGUCGUAUACAAUGGGCACAAAAAAGUCCAUUCAUUAAAAUUUCAGUCCAUUGUUGCACCAAACGGCUUAAUUGCAAAUUUAUUUGGGCCAGUAGAAGGGAAGCGCCAUGAUAGUGCUAUGUUGGCACAAUCACAAGUCCUCCCACAGCACAGAACCACUCAUUGGAUACUAAUGGCAAUAUUCUUUGCAUCUACGGUGACCCAGCCUAUCCAACAAGUCAACAAAUUCAAGGUCCUUUCCGAGGAGCCAUGUUAA